UAACACCUACAUCUACCCUAACUGGUAGUCAUAGAAACUGAGUCAAAACAUUCGAACUUUAAUGCACAUUUGCACAUGCUUCACUUACGUUUAACCAUUAGUCUCAGUUAAAAGGGCUAAGCAUGAUUUUGUAAAUACAUUUAAAUCAUCUUGCGAGCAUGGAGAAUAAUAUUUCUCCGAAUCUCCAAAAAUCUAUAAAAAAGUAUUUAAAGAAACAGUUUGAAACUAGUGUACAAAAAUCAUUGGAGGAAGGUGAAGACUGUACCGAUAUAGCACAAAGGAUAAUACAGUCGAAGGAAAUGUCUGUUUUGUUGAAUUCUAUAAGAGCUACAAUUUUCGAACAAUCUAAUUCAAGAUCUGCGUCGACUGUGAUUUCUGAAACUCGACCUUUGUCAUCCCUUUCAUGCCUUAGCGAUCAAACAAGUGAAGAUUGGAACUCGCCUCUAAAUAAUGAUGAAUAUUAUAGUAUUAUUGUUGAUAAAAUUAAUCAUGAUAAACCUGCGCAUGUUAGGUUAGCCGGUUACGAAGUUUUAUUAAAAAAUGAUCUGUCAAAUUUAAACAAUAGCCCGGUGUGGGAUUCGCUUAAAAAAGCUUUACUGGAUAGUCUCGCAGACGAAAAUAGACCUAUUUUCGAAGCUAGUUUACAAGUACAUGCAAAAUUAUUAAGUUGUUCGCAAUCGCAUGAUGUGUACAGAAAUUUAUUAGAUGCCUUUAACGCUCAAUAUCAAUUGCGAAAAACAUUCGAAAUAUUACCUACUUUAAUCGCUGGUAUUAAUUUUAAAUUUUUCUUGCACGAAAGAAUCUUUCGUAUUAUACAUUUAAUAAUUUGUUACCACAAUGAAAAGCUAAAAAGUGCACGAAAUCCUGAUAAAACUACAGAAGAAUUAAUAGAAGAAUUUAUGACCUUUUUAAGUACACAUGAAUUUGGCGUUACAACACAAAUACAAACAAAAACAUUAAACAUAUUGAACAUUAUUUCGAUAUUAGAUCCACGUGCUGACUGGAGUAUGAAGUGGAUUGUUAAUCUUGCUACUAGAAGAAUGUUUUUAAAUGCAUUAGGUAAAUCACCGAGCUUGUUGCAGCAUAUAAGGAACUAUGUAGAAAAAGAAUUAGAGGAUCCUCCUCAUUCUAUAACCAUAUCUAUUUAUGAUGAUCCAAUGGAAGUUAUUAUUAAUGGAAAUACAGUAGAAACAGUAACUUAUCUGCAUUGUUUGUGUUUUGUAUCGCAGCUUUGCGCUUACGAGGCAGGCAGAAAAGUUUUAGCUGAAAGUACAUCCGAAAGUCAAUUUUCGGAUUUUCAAUUCCUAACAGCUUCUUUGAAAGCUCUAAAUAAAUUAUCCGUCGAUACAUUAAACGGUGUAUACGAUGUUUCCUGUUAUGCUCUACAAAUUAUUUUAGACAAACCGACAAUUUUAUAUGACUCUGAAUUUUAUCACAUUGCAUUAUGUCAUUUACCUUCUCUUCCUGAAAAUAACAUAAAAAUAUGGCCACACACAUUAAACAUUAUUCUACAGAUGUUGGAUACAACAGAUGGUUCUUUAUUUCUUAUCUCGGAAUGUAAAGAACAUACAGUUAAUUUCGAAAAUAAUGUAACAAAAUGUCCAGCCAUGUUUAUCAUGGUAAUAGCAUCAAAUAUGUUGAAACAACCUUUUUCUAUAAUGAAUGUUGAAUAUCUUCUUAAAUUAUUUAAAGUGAUAGAAAAGCUAUUCGAUAUAUUCGAUGUAUACGAAAUUAUACAACAUAAGAUCGAGAAAGAAUUUUAUCCUGCUGUAUCGUAUUUCUAUAAUAAGUUAGAUAAAUCUUAUUUCGAGAAUGAAAAUAAAGCACAACAGAUAAAUAGUGCGGUUAAUACGCUACUGCUUAAAAUGGUAUCUAUACCAUUUGGAUUGAAAGCUCUCGUUCAGGAAUCAUCGGUAUUUCAGGAAUUAAUUGAAGGAUCUGUUGCACCAUUAAGAAUGUCAUGGUCAUCAAUGAAAGUUGUUAAUUUCGUAUCGCGUGCAGCAUUUUUUCAUUUAGGAUAUAGUCUACUUGCUAAUCUCGCGCCACACGUUUUAUCAACUUUGCUUUCGCAAACGUGUAACUUGGUAGAGGAUCCACAUUACUUUCACGAUCCAUGGAAUCAUGAAAAUAUUCAGACAUUUCUUAAUGUGUUAACACUAUUUUCCCUUAAUUUUAAAUGUUUUUCUGCAUUUAUGACAAAUACAAAAGAGUCGUACAUUAAAGAGGAACAGAAUCACCCACUUAACUUAUUUGAACUGUUCAGAGAUUCAGUAAAUCCUGAGUCCAGUUAUUAUUACUUAGGACUUUUAUCAUUAGAUACUGUAAUCUGGAAUUUGAAUAUUAAUAUAUAUUUAAUAGAAUUAUUAAACUUUCAGAACAUAUUGUUGGAACAUCAAAAUUUAAACAUGCAAGGAACUGAUAACGAAGAUACAAGUACGGAAUACAUCGAUGAUUAUACUUUGUUACGACAUAAAAUUCUAUCGAAAACAUAUUUUAUUAAAUGCAAGGAUGAAGAAGAAAGCUCAAAAUCGGAAGAAUACGAUUUACCAAAAUUGCCACCCCCAAAAGUAGGCAAAAACGAAUUCUUCUCGGAAACAGAAUAUAAUACGGAAUUAGAAAAUUUACUACAAGAAGACAAGCCUGGAUUAUUAGACAGUAAUUGGGUUCAGCAAGUCAGGGAAGCAUAUACAGAAUCGCGUGAUCCAUUAAAGGUAAUAAAUAUUUUUGUUUUACAUGCAUUCAAUUAUUAUAACUAUUUUCUUGUCCAUCAGAUUUCAGUAUUGAUUCAAUUAAUAGAUCAAAUGCAAAAAGCAAUUCCGACUGCAGAAUACGGAGAAAACUUUCAGUGGGAAGAAAGUGUAUCGUCAAGUACCGAUUUCUGGUUUGCAGAAGAGAUCCACGGGAUUGAUUUAGUUCUGUCUUAUGCAGAACAUAAUGAUAUCAUGGAAAAUACAAUUGAAAUGAAAGAAAAAUUACAGGAAUUUAUCAAUGCUUGUUAUGCAUUUAUACAAUAUGAAAGACCAAAAAAAUUCGAUGGCUUCGAUUGGUUUUUAUCAACAGUGUUUAUUAUCUGUGAAGGAAAUAUCGGAAAAUGCAAAUUAUUUAUUACGCAAUUAAUUCAGUUUCCGGUGACAAUAUUUUUAUGGCCGAAUUUGGGGAAGGUCAUAGACAAAAGUGUUAAAGAAGAAUGUGCUAUACAAUUUAUGUUUAUGCAACUCCUAGAAAGCAUUGUUAGUAAUGAAUUUCCACAUAUAAAAUUUGCACUCAAGAGUACUUUUGGAGUGGAUUGGUCCUUAAUAUGUAACUUACUGAUAUCUCAGUGCUUUUUGGGUUUACUUCCUUGGCCUCAAAUUAUGCAUUUUUUUGCGAUUUGUGUACUAUAUUCGCCUGAUUACAUAAUAUACUACUGUGUAUCGCUUCUGAAUCAUUGUCAACAUACGAUAAUGCAACAUGUGACAAAUGGAAAAAUGAAUUUUGAGCAUAUGAUAUUGGACGAUUAUCAGUGCCAUAACUAUAUCAGAUUUAUGGAUACAUUAGAUAAAAGGUAUGGGAAUAGAAUUUUACCGAAAGUAUCUAUAAAAAGAUCUGAUUCAAUAAAUGAAACGUGAACAUGGAACG